AUGAAGGGGUGCAUUUUUAACAUCGAUGGUGGCUAUUUAGAAGGUCUGUGCCGUGGUUUCAAGUGUGGUAUUCUCAAGCAGGCUGACUACUUGAACUUGGUGCAAUGCGAGACACUAGAAGACUUGAAACUUCAUCUUCAAGGUACUGAUUAUGGUACCUUCCUAGCUAAUGAGCCCAGCCCUCUUUCCGUCUCCACCAUCGAUGAUAAGCUACGUGAAAAAUUGGUUAUUGAAUUCCAACAUCUUAGGAACCACUCAGUGGAACCAUUGUCUACCUUCUUGGAUUUCAUUACAUACAGCUAUAUGAUUGACAAUAUUAUUUUGUUGAUUACUGGUACUUUGCAUCAAAGACCCAUUUCUGAGUUGAUUCCAAAGUGCCACCCAUUGGGCUCCUUUGAGCAAAUGGAGGCUAUUCAUGUUGCUGCUACACCAGCUGAGCUCUACAAUGCUGUACUUGUGGAUACUCCCCUUGCCCCAUUCUUCGUGGAUUGUAUCAGUGAGCAAGAUUUGGAUGAGAUGAACAUUGAAAUCAUUCGUAACACUUUAUACAAGGCAUACUUGGAGGCAUUCUAUGAUUUCUGCAAGCAGAUUGGUGGAACUACAGCUGACGUAAUGUGUGAAAUCUUGGCUUUUGAAGCUGAUCGUCGAGCUAUCAUUAUUACUAUCAACUCCUUUGGUACUGAAUUGUCAAAGGACGACCGUGCUAAGUUGUACCCGCGUUGUGGUAAACUAAAUCCUGAUGGACUGGCUGCUCUUGCCAGGGCUGAUGAUUAUGAGCAGGUUAAGGCGGUGGCUGAGUAUUAUGCAGAAUACCAAGCCCUGUUUGAAGGCGCUGGCAGUAAUGCUGGUGACAAGACCUUGGAAGACAAGUUCUUUGAACAUGAGGUAAGCCUCAAUGUGCAUGCAUUCCUUCAGCAAUUCCACUUUGGAGUAUUCUAUUCUUACUUAAAACUGAAGGAGCAGGAAUGCCGAAACAUUGUAUGGAUAAGUGAGUGUGUGGCUCAGAAGCACCGUACCAAGAUCGACAACUACAUUCCUAUUUUCUAA